AUGGAGAGGCUGCAGGGCGAUGUGACGGAUGCGGAGCAGGCCCUGCUCGAAUAUCUGGAGCUGAAAGAGGAGCCCAUACUAUUGUUCUCGUCAGCCCGACAGCAUCCAUGGCAGAACAGCGCAGCCAAGCGAAGGCUGCGUCGCUCAGAGACCGAUAUCCUCUCGGCAGCCGUAAAGCCCUACUUGGGCUCGCACAUCGAUGAGAGUAUGACAACGAGCGUCAACGCGUCUGGACGGCCUUGGACAUUCGACUAUCUCGCAAAGGCUGGCAUUCUGCUGGCCACCAGGACGGAGAACGGUCCAUCGCCUGCUGCAUCUCGUCGUGGGUCACUCGUAGACAGUCUCGGCGCGCGAAUGCACGACAGCGGCGAGAUGGAAGUCUUGGGAAGCGAGCUCGACCGCCGAAUGAGCAUCAACAGCACACCGCCAUCGAUGACGCCCAAGCGGGCAGGCAGAUCUGCCAGUGAAUCCUAUCGCGAGCGCAAAGCGCUUGGACAGAAAUUUAUGGAUGCCUCACUCGAUGCCAAGAUCCCUAUGCACGACUACGACGUUGCGGAUUGUACGUUGCCUGGUAUAGAGCCCGAGCAGUAUCGGCGGUUCUUGUAUGACUUCUGGCAGACCGACUGGGCGUCUACAAGCCUGGGCGCUCCCAACACUUGGUCAAACACGCUCAGAUGUCUCGUAGACACAAUCUUGCUUUCGCCCACGCCGACACUGAUGUGCUGGUCUGACGACCUCGUCUGCGUCUAUAAUUAUGCUCACUCGAUCUCAAUGGGCGCUCGGCAUCCUGCCAUGCUCGGCACGCCCUACUUUGCGGUCUGGCCAGAGCUAUACGACCAGAUGGUCCAGAUCCUGACCGGCUGCUUCGCUGGCAAAGUUGUUUAUUAUGAUGAGGCGCAGCUCUUUCUGACUGUGCCAAACGGACUCGAGGAACGCUACUUCUCCUACUCAAUGAUACCUAUGCGCACUUGCGAAGGCGUCCCGGCCGUCUUUGUCCCCAAUUUCGAUACUACCGCUUCAGUUCUUUCGCGUCGUCGAAUGAAGACCUUGCAUAUUCUAGCCGGCGAGACUGCGGAUUGCGCCUCACUUGACCAAUACUGGGCGCGGAUCACCGACACCCUUAUUCGACCCGAAAUUUGCCUGGACACCCCUUACGCAACCUUUUACACACGUGUAGGCGACAGACCGAACGAAUCAGCCGCCGGAUUCAAGCUGGCCUUCUCUAACGUUGCCUGUGCCACAUUGCCACCUUACCUUGAUCUUGCUCUCACGGGCGAUAGUGCUGGUCCCCUGCCGGCUGCAGCACUGCUUCUCCAGCCAUACCUUCAUCGAUUACACAAAGGUGAGACAGCAAUUGAGCUGGACGAUCAGACUUCUCGCACACUAUACGCGGGAGUCAAGUGUCCUUCCUUUGGCGACCUCAUAGAACGGGUAGUCAUCAUGGCCAUCAGAAUCAAUUUGGCAGAUCCCAUCGAGGCAGUCUGUCUUAUGUGUCUGUCGACUCGGCGUGAUUACGACGAGGCAUACGUCGAAUUCAUCCAUCUCAUGCGACGUCAGCUAUCUGCCGGCACUGCAAGUAUCCGUUUAGUUGCGCAAGCCCGCAAACAAGCGGCUCAAGUGCAGGAGAGUCUCACAGAGCGUACUGCCCAAUUUAUCGAGUCCGAAUCGCGCUUUGAAAGCUUUGCUCGUGCAUGUCCAUCCGGCCUCUUCUUCUCGGAUCUCGAGGGCAACAUUCUUUUCGCGAAUGAGUCGUGGUAUGCUAUCAGUGGCCAUCCUCGAGAUGUCUCGCUCAACGAGUGGCACCGCUCCAUCCAUCAAGAUGACGUGCAGUUCGGACUCGAUGUCUGGGCCACUGCCAUCCGGGAGCAGCAGCCAGAGAUCAGAAUUGAGAUCCGAUGGACAGGUGCCGAACACAAAGACAGCGAAUACGAUCGGUGGACUGAGGUACGCUGCUUGUGGUAUACAAGCUCGACCGGCGUAUCGCUAGGCUAUACUGGCUCGGUCGUCGAUAUUUCCGAGCGUAAGCAUCGCGAAGCGCUCACUAAAAGACGGGCAGAAGACGUCCUCUCGCAAAAGCUGGCCCUUACUCGUUUUAUCGACAGUCUCGCGCACGAGGUCCGCAACCCCCUAUCCGCCGUCACUUUUAGCUGCGCACUGAUGCUGGACGACCUCACUCGGCCGAAAGCGAGCUCGGCGCGCGAGGACUUGGAAUUAAUGGUGCGCGAAGAGAUCGAGACGAUCUCUCUGUGUGCGCGACAUAUUCAUCGCCUCGUCGACGGUCUCUUGAAUCUGUCUAAGAUUGAGCACGAUCUAAUUACUGUCACAAAAACGAGCUUCGAGCCCUUGACAGUGAUCAAACAGAACCUUCGCAUGUUUGCAGCAGAGAUCAAAGCGAAGGAUAUAGCCCUCACUGUCGUGCCCGGCCCCGGUCUCGCUGCCGAUCCCCUGCAGACCUUUCAUUCUGAUCAGCUGAAGAUUGACCAGAUUUUCAUCAACAUCAUCACCAAUGCCAUCAAAUUCACCAGCAAAAGUGUCACUCGCAAGGUCGACGUCACUGUCGAUGUUUCCACAACUAGACCCAAGCUGCCUACACAUGCAACGACAGCCCGAGAUCAGGCUGAUGAUGAGUCCGACGGCGACGAUACGCGAUUUCUUAUCGUGCACGUGGCCGACACUGGCUGCGGCCUUUCGUCGGAAGAGAUCAGUCGGCUAUUUCAACGCUUUGCCCAAGCGAGUCAUAGUAGCUCGAGUACGUACGGCGGCUCAGGCCUUGGGCUCUACAUCUCAAAGAAGGUCGUCGAAGAAGUCUUGCAUGGCCAGAUCGGGCUCAUCUCAGCUCCUGGCGUGGGUACGACAUUCAGCUUCUAUGUGACUGGGGCGCGCGGAGAGGCAACAGAAACGCUGCCUCCCCCCUCACCGACGCCCACCUUGCCGUCUCUCUCUGCUUGCUCCACGGAUUCCAGCAUCAUCAGUCUCGUGUCCGCUGGUACGACUGCGGUCGAUCUUCCCUCGCCGCCCAUCAUCGCCGCGGUACCUACCCGCCAAUGGAGGAUAGUCUUGGCUGAAGACAACAAGAUCAAUUCAAAGCUAUUGACUGCGCUGCUCAAGCGAAAGGGCUGCAUGGUCUCGCCGGCUUACGACGGUCAAGAAUGCAUCGACAUUCUUGUUGCUAAUCAGCAGGCCCGACAGACUGAUCAGGCUUACGAUGUCGUCCUCAUGGAUGCGACUAUGCCCGUCAAGACCGGUAUCGAGGCUACAAUAGAGAUCAGACAGCUCGAAGCAGCGGGUAAACUCACGCCACGGAUUCCCAUCCUUGCAAUCAGCGCGAACGCGCGAGGCGAGCAGGUAGACGAGAUGCUUGCGGCAGGCAUGGACGCAAGCCUCUCGAAGCCGUUCACUAUCGACGCGCUGAUGUCGACACUAGAGUCAUUGAUCCCUUCACAGUAUGACAGCAAGCCGUCGACGAUGAGCAGCUCAGCGGGGGCCCUCGAGGCUACCCAGCACACGCCUAAGUAUUCCAGCGGCCCGAGACGAUCAGCAAAGGCGCGCUCGUCUGUGAGAACAGCGCUACCGUUGGUUCUGCUUGGACUGGCCUUUCACCUUGUCUCGCUCUACUCGAUCUUUGACAUCUACUUUGUCUCGCCGGUCAUCCAUGUCCAGCGUCGGUUCAGCAUCGCAAGCGCCCGUCUGCGCGACGGCGAGGCCGAUCUAGCCAGCCGGGACGCUCAAGGAUCCAAGGCAGGACUAGCGGAUAGACUCGUGCUCAUAGUAGGCGACGGUCUGAGAGCAGACAAGCUAUUUCAGCUGUAUCGGGAGCCAGCAUUUGAUGCUCUGCCUCCUUUCAUACCGGCUUCAACCGACGGCGCGACUGUCUCGGCAGGAUGGACAACGCCAGCGCCCUACUUGCGAUCACUGCUUACCAGUGGUCAAGCGACCUGGGGAGUCUCGCACACCAGAGUCCCCACAGAAUCACGGCCUGGUCAUGUAGCUCUCAUUGCAGGCAUGUACGAAGACGUCUCCGCCGUUACAAAAGGCUGGAAACUGAAUCCAGUCAAUUUUGAUUCCGUCUUCAAUCAGUCAUGUCGUGCCUGGGGAUUUGGCUCGCCUGACAUAGUUCCCAUGUUCGAGCACGGAGCAAGUCCCCGUCCGGAUGGCCAGCCAAAGAUGAAGAGCUUUUGUUAUGACGAGUCAGAGGAGGAUUUCACCAGCGAUGCGACAGCUCUCGAUGUGUGGGUGUACAAUGAGCUCACCGCGCUGUUCGCAAAUGCCUCUGCAGAUGCUACUCUCGCCCAUCAACUUCGGGAGCCACAGUCUAUCUUUUUCCUCCAUCUGCUUGGCCUGGACACGACAGGCCACUCUUAUCGCCCGCACGGUCCAGAAUACUAUCACAAUAUCCGGGUCGUCGACGACAUCGUUCAGAAGGUCGAGCAAAAGUUCGCUGAUUUCUACGGCGAUCGCAAAACCGCCUUUGUCUUUACGGCUGAUCACGGUAUGAGUAACAUUGGCAAUCAUGGCGAUGGAGACCCGGACAAUACCCGUACGCCUCUCAUUGCUUGGGGCUCAGGCGUCGCUUCGCAUCAGCUGGACGGCAUACUUGGCGAAUGGUCUUUACCUGCAUCUACGCGGAACGAUGUUGCCCAAGCAGACAUCGCUUCGCUCAUGGCAGCUCUCGUGGGCAUACCGGACCCUGCAAAUAGCGCAGGUACGCUCAUGACAGACUAUCUUGCCGCUGACAAGAAGUACAAGGUGACUGCCGCGCUGGCCAACACGCGUCAGCGCUUAGAGCAGUACCACGUCAAACACGACCUGAAAGCAAAGUCAGCAUUGCGGUUCAAGCCUUUCGGCGAACUACCAGACGAUGCUACGGACGCGCGUUCAAGCGUCAUGCGACUGGCCGCGAUCAAUGAAGCAUUCGAUCGUCAAGCAUACGACGAAGCAGAGGUCUUACAACGCGAGCUUGCCGACGCAGCACAGUCCGGCUUGGACUACCUGCACCGAUACGACUGGCUCUUGUUACGCUCAGUCGUCACGGCAGGCUAUGUCGGCUGGAUGCUCCUCAGCCUCUUGCAUCUUCUGAAGGCAUUCGUGCUCGUGGCAGUGCCACCCAAUCUUCAGCCAGCAUGGAAUCUGUCUGCUCUCGCCUCAGCGGGCCUUUUUGCGAGCAUCGGCUUGCGUCUUGCCCUCGAAAAGGCCAAAUGGACAUAUUUCCUAUAUGUUGCCUUUCCGGCCUACUUCUUCACCGCUCUCGCGCGAAACUUGCCCCUAAUAAGGUCCGCCUUGAAACGCAUCAGCUACGAUCAGCUGGCGCAGUGCGGUCUCGCCAUGGUAGCAACGGUACUAGUGCUGGAACUCAUGCUGCUUGGCUACUUUCGUCGAUCCGUCUUCAGCGCGCUCUUCAUGCUCAUGGGCACCGUGUGGCUUUUUGCAACGACCACAGCCGAAUUCCAGGCUGAAAUUCGUGGGCUGGGCGGUGCAUGGACCGUCUCUUGUCUAGCCGCCAGCGCGUUCACUGUUUUGCCGGUCGAAAAGGGAGAGAAUAUGCUACUCAUAUGGCUGGGAGGCCUCGGUUUCGCCGCCCUUGGUUUUGCAGCAGCAGCAAAGCGCCCGUCCCCGACCUUGCAAUCUGCUGAUAUAAAGACGCAGCCAGUGGCUAAGGCGACCUUAGACGAAAACCAGACAACCCGAUACUACUUGUCCAUGCUGACGGCUCUCAUCGUAGUAAGCAUGUGUGUCACAAGCCUCUCGGCCCACCGCUUGCGCAACAAACAAGGCUUGCCCGUGGUUCUCCAAGCAGCAGGCUGGAUUUUGAUCGCACUCUCGCUCGCUGUGCUCGUCACAAGCUUACAAGGCCGUCAGCACUACAUACAGCGACUUCUACUGCUAUGCUUGUCAUUCGUGCCGACCUUUGGCCUUCUGUCGAUCUCAUACGAGACGCUGUUCUAUCUGACUUAUGCUAUCAACCUUGCUCUCUGGCUCGUCCUCGAAACGCGACUGAAUGCAUAUCGACGGCGGCAGAGUCAGCCAGGGGAAAGCAAGCUUGGGUUGACUCAUCUCCGCAUGGCUGUGUUCUUCCUGCAUUAUAUUCACGUCGGCUUCUUCGGAACGGGCAACAUUGCUUCGAUCUCGUCAUUUUACCUGGAGCCCGUAUAUCGACUCGUGCCGGUCUUCAAUCCUUUCUUAAUGUCGGCUCUUCUCAUCUUCAAGAUUCUGAUACCUUUCGUCUUUGCAUCGGCAGCUCUGGCAGCAUUGCAAAGGACGCUCGGCCUGCCAGCCUACUCCAUCAGCUUGCUAGCUCUUUCGAUCAGCGAUGUGUUGACGAUGUCAUUCUUCUAUCUCAUCAAGACUGAGGGAAGCUGGCUAGAAGUCGGUACGAGCAUCAGUCAUUUCUCCAUCGCAAGCCUGCUACUCGUGUUCAUCGGCCUGCUCUCAGUGCUCGGGCAAUUGAUCAUGGCUCAUGCACGCUACUAG